AUGGCCGACUUCGUCAAACUGUCCAUCUUCGGGACAGUCUUUGAGGUCACCACGCGAUAUGUAGACCUUCAACCGGUGGGCAUGGGAGCUUUCGGAUUGGUUUGCUCCGCCAAGGACCAGCUCUCUGGAACAUCGGUUGCCGUGAAGAAAAUUAUGAAGCCCUUUUCCACACCCGUGCUUAGUAAACGGACGUACCGAGAGCUCAAGCUGCUAAAGCAUCUUAAACACGAGAACAUCAUAUCACUCAGCGAUAUCUUCAUCUCCCCGUUGGAGGACAUUUAUUUUGUCACUGAACUGUUGGGAACCGAUCUCCAUCGUCUACUCACCUCCCGACCCCUUGAAAAGCAAUUCAUCCAGUACUUCCUGUAUCAGAUCCUGAGAGGAUUAAAAUACGUUCACUCGGCGGGUGUCAUCCAUCGAGAUCUGAAGCCGUCCAAUAUUCUGGUCAACGAGAACUGCGAUUUGAAGAUCUGUGACUUUGGUCUUGCUCGUAUUCAAGACCCUCAAAUGACAGGAUACGUGUCUACUCGAUACUACCGUGCGCCUGAGAUCAUGUUGACAUGGCAAAAGUAUGAUGUUGCGGUGGACAUCUGGAGCACAGGAUGUAUCUUCGCUGAGAUGCUGGAGGGAAAACCACUAUUCCCUGGAAAGGACCACGUGAACCAGUUCUCUAUUAUCACAGAGCUCCUCGGAACCCCGCCAGACGACGUAAUCAAGACUAUUGCCAGUGAAAACACACUUCGAUUCGUUCAGAGCUUGCCGAAACGUGAAAAAGUGCCAUUCGCCACCAAAUUCGCCAAUGCGGAUCCUUUGUCCCUCGAUUUGCUGGAGAAGAUGCUGGUAUUCGACCCGCGCACCCGUAUCUCCGCGGCGGAAGGCUUGGCUCACGAGUACCUUGCACCAUACCACGACCCGACAGACGAGCCGGUCGCCGCUGAAGUCUUUGACUGGAGUUUCAAUGACGCCGACCUGCCAGUAGACACAUGGAAGGUCAUGAUGUACAGUGAAAUCUUGGACUUCCACAACCUCGGAGAUAUCACUCAGAACGAAGCCGAGGGACCGAUCACCGGAGAAGUAGCACCGACAUCAUGAGUUUUGGAUUCGACUUGAUCUCUGGGCUGCUCUCCUCUCUGGGCUACGAUGGACAUUCUCUCUCUCUCUCUCUUCACCGACCCUUAUUUUCAUUCAAUCGUCCGUUUCCCCUCUUCUCAUGUUCUUCAUUUAUCCUCUUGCAACGACAUGCUUCGUCCCCUACCUACCAACGCCAUGCACCUUACGCCGUUUCCUCUCAAGGCCCUGCUGUCCCGUGAUUUCCGGCUUCAUUGGCUGUUUUGUUUCUCUCUUUUAUUCUUCAUCAACCUUGCCCUACACUUCUCGUGCCCUAAUCAAACAGGGCCGUGGAGUUCCGAAGGGAGCAAGUGAUUCAAAUUUUCCCCUCUUAAUUAUCCUCUCCCAACACUCGACUUCCAGCCUAUAGACAUACUUUAUCUUCCCCUUUCUUGUUCUUCUACAUCGACGUUACGGGGGCCAGAGCUGAGAAUGACAUGCUG